AUAGCAAUCACUUUCCUGGCUUCCUACAUGGCCAUCUUAGUUGGAAACCUGCUGAUCAUUGUUCUCAUCUUUUCAGACCGAGACCUCCACAGACCCAUGUACUUUUUCCUCUGUAACCUCUCCUCUUUGGAGAUCUUCAUCACUACAGCCAUCAUACCCAAAGCAGUAGGAAGCUUGUUGAUGAGCAGCAAAGCCAUCUCCUACCAAGCUUGCAUGACCCAGAGCUACUUCUACUACCUCUUGGGCAGCAUCGAGUUUGCCCUUCUAGCUGUCAUGUCCUAUGACCGUUACGCAGCCAUAUGCUACCCUCUUCAGUACCCCAUGCUCAUGAACAGUCGCCUUUGCCUUCAGCUCCUCUUGGGGUCAUGGUGUGCGGGCUUCCUGUUCACCAUUGUCCCCACUGUCCUACUUAUCAGGCUGCCCUUCUGCAAUGCCAAUCGUAUAGACCACUUCUUCUGUGAUUGUAUGCUCUUGAUCAAGUUGUCCUGUGCAGAAACACAGACUGUGGAGCUGGUAUCUUUUAUGACCUCUUUCAUCAUCCUCUUUGGCUCGCUGAUCAUGACAGCAAUAUCCUACCUAUACAUCAUUAACACCAUACUUAGGUUGCCCUCUACUUCAUCACGGAACAAGGCAUUCUCUACAUGCUCCUCUCACUUCACCCUUGUCAUUUUGGGCUAUGGUAGCUGCAUCUUCCUCUAUGUGCGGCCUUCGAUUCAACAUGUUUCCUACAACAAAGCAGUGGCCCUAAUCAACACAUUGGUAACUCCUCUGAUGAGCCCCUUCAUUUUCAGCCUGAGGAACCAGCAGAUGAAAGAUGCUCUUAAGGUAGGUUUGAAGAGAAGUGUGACAAUUUCCAGGAAAUGCUUUUCUUUCUGA